AUGUUCAGUGCCACAGAUCCUGUCGCAGUGGUCGCAGUCCUCAAGGAGCUGGCGGUGGGUGGGCCCUUGGCUGGCCUGGCUUUUGGCAUUGCAACGACCUUCUGGCUGCGAUACAUGUACAACUCUCCCAUGGCGGAGAUCACUCUCACCAUCGUGUCCGCAUACAGCACGUACAUCGUUGCCGAUGAGCUGAUGCAUGUGUCAGCAGUGCUUGCCGUCGUCAUACUGGGCAUCUACAUGUCCGCAAAGGGUGUCAUGGCCAUCAGCCGCAAGGUGGAGCACCCACUGCACAUCAUUUGGGAGGAGCUGGAGUUUCUGGCAAACACCCUUAUCUUCGUGCUGUCUGGUGUGAUCAUCACUGGAAAGAUCUGGGAGAGUUCCUCCACAAAGGUGGAUGACAUUCGGCCUGCAGACUAUGGCUAUGCUGUGCUCCUCUGGGUGUACCUGGUGCUCAUCCGUGGCCUUCUCUUCAUUAUCUUCUGGCCUUUUCUGAAGCGGUCAGGCUAUGGAAUGACCGUCAAGGAGGCAGCGGUGCUCUCAUGGUCGGGGCUGCGCGGGGCUGUGGGGCUGUCGCUGUCCCUCUUUGUCCUGCUGGAUCAGAAGAUUUCAGACGAUCGCUUCCGCACGCUGGCUUUCUUCCACAUGGGCGUUGUCGCCUUCCUGACCACCCUCAUCCAGGGUACCACAAUGAAGCCGCUCCUACAGUUCAUGGGCCUUGUGAAGCCGAGCACGGUGAAGAGGGGCUUCCUAAGGCGCCUGCUGCGCGAAGUGGAGGAGCAUGGCGACAAGAAACUAGACUACGCUGGCCAUGAUCGCCUUCUGGGGGACCCAGACUACCAUCUUCUCAGACAGCUCACGACGCUGGAUGUAGGCCAGAUGCUCAAGCGCUAUGUGUCAAAGCUCCAUACUUACAAUGACUUCUUCCAUGACUACUUCAUCAGCAGCGACCAGGUCUUCAGGCUACGGGAUGAUCAGGAUGCAAAUCGUGGCAGCGCAGCAUUUCUGGGCCUAGAUGAGGGGCUGGAGCAGCUCUUACUGGCCAUGCAGAAGAACGUCACAAACCAGGUUGUUCUGGAGAGCCGCGCAGAGUGUGAGGAGGCUCAGAAGCUGAUUGGGCUGAUCAAGAGCUCCUACCCUGAAGUGCUGACCUCCAUCAAGACCAAGCAGCUUGCCCAGGAGAUCCUGCUCUACAAGGGGGAGCACAUUGCUGAUGUUGCCAGAACAGGCCUUGUGGAGGACAAUGAGGUGGAGAGCAUGAAUGACCUUGUGGAGCAGAAGCUGAAGAAGCUGCACUACUUCCCUCCGCAGUUCCACAUCCACUCCCCGGACACCAUGCUGGCUGCACACCCAUUGCUGGCCGGCAUCCCUGACAGAGACUUUGCAAAGCAGGUCCUGAGCCAGGCAUAUCUCCAUGUUCACAAUGAAGGGGAGACCCUAGGUGCAGAGAGUGACCGCGCGCUGCAUGUCUUUGUGGUGCUGCGUGGCUGCGUACGCAUCCAUUACUUGGAUGGGAACACUUACCUGGCAGAGCCUGGAGCUGUGCUGUGCGCUUGGCCUGUCCUCCCAAGCAAGGACAAGUUCCACAAGCUGGUGGCAACCACCAUCGUGCAGAUCUACUCCAUCCCCUUCCCGGCUUUCAAGGAGCUGAUGAGGCGCUACGAAGGUGUGAACAGCAAUGCAUGGCAGGCAUGCGCUGCAACACUGGCGCUGACCAGCGGCGAUCCCACCUUCAAAGAACUCUCCUUCAACGAGCUGCAGACGUUGUUCAGGCUCUCAAAGCUGUCGUCCGUGAGGAGCGUUGACUAUCUGCGCGUGGCUGGCUCGGCAUUUCUUGUGACCGGCACAAUCCACUACACCGGCCAUGACAGGGAACUGUCCAGGGUGUACGAAGGCCCCUGCAUGCUGCCGGCCACCCCUGCCCUCUACUGGUGCACCACAGAUGUCAAGGUGCUGGAGCUGCCUCCCAUAUUUGAUCUGAGCAGGAAGGAGCAGAUGACGGGCAGCAAGACAGCGCGCCUGGCAGGCAAGCAGCCGCAGCUGAUGCCUGCCUGGUUUGGCAACUCCAGUGGUCCGAAUGCCCGCCUCCAGCGCACCUCUGUGGGCGGCGUCCGCUUUGCUUGGCGCACAGCUGCGCUGUUCAGCAACAGCGAAGCCUUCCAAUUCCUCUCCAGGCGCUCUGCUCCAGCAGAUGUGAAUCGCGAGGCAGGAGACACUGAGGAUGUCAAGGCGCAGAGCAGCAGCAACAGCAGCAGUGGUGCACAGGAGGACCAGGCCAGUGCAGUUCCCUCCACUCCCACGGAGACUGUGUCAGGCAGUGCAUCCGGCAAGCAUGCGAGCCUGGCCCAUGCCCUGUCCCAGGCGAUCGCCAAUGGAAGUCCUGAUGCAUCGCUCCAAGGUGCCAACCCACGUGCCAGGUGGAGCCACAGCCACACUCUGACAGGCGCAAGCGGCCCCCAGCUGCUGCGCGAGUGGACUGAGAAGCUGGCGGAUGCGCGAGGCAUGCAGGGGCAGUGCAGGGCAGUUAGCCCACUGGGUGACAGCGCCGGGGGCGCACAAACUGCAAGGUCCAUGGACCUGGACAGCAUUGGCGGGGACCGCUGGAAGCCUGCAGCUUCUGUGGAGCGCAAUGUGCAGAUGAGCCCAGUCGCAAGGACAGCCAGCAUCACUGGGAGUGGCGGAUCCAUGCCCUCGCCUCAGCUGCCCAGGACACCAGAGGGGCAGGGCUCUGCGUCGACGCCGCCUGUGCCGCAGCCGCCCCCGGAAGGAGCUCCGUGGCGAGCCGGCUUGUCCGCGCACUCACACUCCAUUGCAACCAGCACGGUCUCGGGCCUGACAGGGGAGGCCCUGCUGAAGGAGUGGAAGGCGAUGCAGCAGAGCGCGGCAGCCGGUGCUGCUUACUGGGAUGCGCAGCCGGGGCAGCACCAUCCCCGCAGCUUCACCGCAGCUGCAUCGCCUCGGCGCAGCUACCUGCAUGCCCGGCCUGAUUCAGCUGAUGGCCGCAGCAGCAGCAGCCUCAAGGGUGCUCUGCCCCGAAAGGAAGCUCAGGCAGCCGCAGAGCAGCCGCCCAGUGGAAUUGGUGAGGGACAAGCGCUGGCGGGGGCGGCCGGGAACAGCGGCAGAGACACAGAGAGCAAUGGGGUAGCGACUGCAAUGGCAGGGGUGUCGGCCCAGCAGAAGGUGGUGCCGUCUGAGCGGCUGAGGCGCCCUUCGCUGGUCGACCUCUUUGCUGACCUGCCAGCCGCGCUGCCGCGCAAGAGGGAGUCACCUGCCAACGCCACAUCGUCCGGCCGCUCUCAGGAUGCCGGUCCAUCCCAACCAAGCGGAUCUGGUGGGGCCUCCAGUGGUGUCGACUCAGGUGGCAGCAAGGUCCUGGACAUCAUCGUGGAGAAGCCGUAGAUAUCUAGCAGCCAGACGGCAUGGAUCGAUGCUACAUUCUGAUUGGCUCCAAGAAGCUCCCUUUUCAAAUACGGAGGUUGUGGCUAGAGAACUACCCAUCACAUCUGCCUUGAAGCUGCAGUGAAAUGCUGUGUCUCUCAAAGUUUCCGGAUUUCCUGCUCUAAAUAUCCUGUGGAAAAAGGCAUCCUUUUAGUGUGUGUGCUAGUCUGCCGCGGAGAUUCUUUGCCUUUACAGAUGCUCGCCAGAUUCUUCUGCGCAUAGGCAUGCCAUGAGGAGCACAAAUUGGUACCGGCAGUCUGGAUGGGGGCCAGCUACCUUCCUGCACUUAAGGCUAGUUUAAGUUCCUGAUAGCAUUAAUAGAAGUAGCAGUAGUUUUUUUCUUUUGAAGUAUCACUUGUGUUGCAAUAAGGACUCAAAGUAGAGAGGCUCACCAAAUUAAAAGCAAAUGGUCAAUU